AUGGCGGGACAGUCCAAGCGGACGAAAGCACCAGCGCCUAUGGAGUUCCCGCGACCCACGGCUGCUCAAAUCGUCCCCCCACCAACAGCUCAUAUGGUUCCGCUGCCGCCCAUGUUUGUUCCUGGAGCCUGGUUACCCCCACGACCACCACAGUCCAUGGCGGACUCCUCCCCACCAUGCCGGAUCGCUGGGGUACAGCCACCAAGUACGACUGGUUCGAAGACUCAAGUUCUCGUGUGGACUGAACCCAUGGCUGAGAAUCUUGAGGAUAAUGAUCUGCAAGCAUGGGGAUUCGAUUUUCAUCCACAUGGUGGUUUCCUUAAUUUGAUUAAUAAUACAUCAAGCCAUGCAAAAGCCAGAAAUAAUUGGAGUUCAUUGCAGCCAAUCAAUGGUAGCAAUGAAAACAGUGGUGGCGAUUGCACUAGAACUGAAAAGCGUUUGACAUGGACAAAACAAGAGGAUCUAAGAUUGGUCAGUGCUUGGUUGCAAAAUUCAAAUGAUCCAAUCCAAUCAAAUUAUAGGAAGAACGACCAGUAUUGGAAAGAUGUUGCUGCCGUCUACAACAGUACCACCCCAAAAAACAGAGAAAGACAAGUAAAGCAAGUGAAGGAUCGAUUUGCUAAAAUAAAGAAAAAGGUUGCAUGGUUUUGUGGGAGCUAUAGGGAGGCUGAGGCUUUGUAUGCUAAUGGUGAAAAUGAUGCAGAUUUAAAGAAGAGAGCGAUCCAAACUUAUGAGGAGGAUCACAAAGAUGAUGGUCCAUUUAUGUUCGAGCAUUGUUGGGAGGUUCUUAAAAAGCAACCAAAAUGGGACACGUAUUUGGAACGCCUAGAAGAUUUGGAGUCGGGCAAGAGGAAGUUUGCUGUUGAUGAUGAAGUGGGAAAGCAUUUCACUCUCGAUGAUGUUCAAGAUGAACGACCACCAGGUGGCAAGCAAGCUAAGGGGAAACCGAAACGGAAAAGAAAUGAUGAAGGUUGUAUAAUAGAUCUUGAAGAUGAGCUUAGCAAGUUUGUAGAAGCUCAGACUGCAGCAAAUGAAGGCCGCAAAGAAAUGUUAGAGACACAAAGGCGUGUGUCGAGUGAGAAUCUGGAAGCUCGGAAGCUUGCAUGCCUUGCGGCAAAAGAUCACAAGGAGUCAGUCAUGCUAGAAACGUAUCGCUCAUUGAUGAUGCAAGACAUGACUGGGAUGUCCGAAGACGUGAGAUCUGAGCAUGUGUUGGCACUGAAGUGUUUCAGGGAGAAGCUGUUUGAAAAAACUGACUAAUGUAUUGCCUACUUUUUGGUAACAUACAAGUUACAUUAUUCUCUGCUAGAAAUAUUAAUAGAGUACAAAUAGAAGUUGUAGUUGAGAGUCAAAUUUCAAUUAACUGCAUGCAGUCCAGAUAACCAUGCAGUCCAGAUAACCAUGUUGAAAUUGUAGUCCAGAUAACUAAGUUGAAAUUGUAGUCAA